GUCAGUUUAUUGAAGUAUUCCAGUGUGUAACAAUGGUGCAACAAGUUGUGAAAUUUUAUAACGGCAAUACUUAUCCCAUUCUUGGUUUAGGUACUUGGCAGUCUAAACCGAAUGAAGUGACUGAAGCAGUUAAAUAUGCAAUUGAUAUCGGCUAUCGGCACUUUGAUUGCGCUGCUGUUUAUGGAAACGAAUCGGAACUAGGUGUGGCAAUUGCCGCGAAAAUCAAGGAAGGUGUUGUUAAACGAGAAGAUAUUUUUGUCACAAGUAAAUUAUGGAAUACGAACCAUCGACCUGAUCUAGUCGAACCUGCAUUAAAGAAAACUCUGGACAACUUUAAAUUGGAAUAUCUCGAUCUUUAUUUAAUGCAUUCACCUAUGGAAUUCCAACCUGGUGAUAAUCCAUUCCCCAGAGAUGCCGAUGGUAAUUUUAUAACCGGUGAUACUGAUUAUAUUGAUACUUAUCGUGUAAUGGAGGACCUUCUAAAGAAAGGACUUGUAAAGAAUAUUGGUAUUAGUAACUUCAAUCCUCAACAAGUAGAACGAUUACUUUCUAACUGCACGAUAAAACCAGUGACAAAUCAAAUUGAAUGCCAUCCAUAUUUGACUGAGAAGGAGACAUCUGACUUUUGCAAUUCCAAAGAAAUUCUUAUCACUGCUUAUUCUCCUUUAGCUAAACCAGGUUUACGUGCUGAUGAGCCUAAACUUUUAGAAGAUCCGAAAAUCACAGCAAUAGCUACUAAGUACAAAAAAACUCCUGGUCAAGUUGUACUGCGGUAUCAAAUACAACGUGGACACCUGGUGAUUCCUAAAUCAGUAACAAAGUCAAGAAUACAAGAAAACUUCAAUAUCUUUGAUUUUGAAUUAAGUCCCGAGGACAUGAGUACAAUAAAUGGCAUGAACUCUAAUACAAGAGUUUGCUUCAGAAGUGGCCUUUGCACUGACACAAUGACUCCUCACUGUCCUCACAACCGCAUGAGCAACAUUCGCAAAAUUCAUCUUCACUGUUUUCUUCGCCCAAUUGCUUUGAAUCAGGUUGAUAUUUCUCCGAAGGAGCUAGCAGAUCAUCAUCAUCAUUACAAUUACAUGCUAAUUGGCGAAUCUUUGAUAAGCAAAGCAAGUCAUCGGAAUGUAUCGAAUGAAGACUCGGACUGGCGUGACGUCUCGCUUCCUUCUCCAGAUUCUUCAAUGUCUCGUUCAUCUCUUUGUUCAUAA